UGUGUACUGUAUGUUGUCUGCUAGUGUAGUCCUUUGCUGUUUGUGUGUCCCGUCUUCCAUUCAUCCCCAAAAUAAACAAUUAUAUAAUCUGAGUGAAAAAGGAAAAAAAAAGAAUGAAAGACAAAAGGAAAAAGAAGGACCGCACUUGGGCUGAGGCGGCCCGUUUGGUUCUGGAAAAACAUCCAAAUACACCAAUGACACCAAAGCAGAUCUUACAAGUCAUUCAGAAGGAGGGACUAAAAGAAAUGAGUGGAACCUCUCCUCUGGCCUGCCUUAAUGCCAUGCUUCACACCAAUGCUCGUGUGGAAGAUGGAGCUUUCUGUCGAAUUCCAGGAAAGAUGGGUCUUUAUGCCCUGAAAAAAGAUGAAUUGGUAAUGUCAGCAGAGGGGGUCAUUGAUUUGGAUGGCGAAUCAGAUUUAGACAGCUGCGAAAUGGCUGAAACAAAUAGCAAUGAAGAGGAAAAUGGAGUUUGUCCAGAGCAAAAACAUGUACCUGAUGAGAGUUCUUCUCCACAUAAUACAAAUUCUUCAACAACAGUUGCACAAAACAAGCUGAUAUCUUCUACUCAGCAGCAUACCAAAAAAGCACUAAAACAGGCAUUGAAGCAGCAACAGAAGAGGAGGAUUGGUGUUUCUAUGAUGAUGAACAAGGCCAUUCCGUGUGUUGUACUGACACCACUAAAAGUAUCAGAAGAACAUUCAGAAUCACCAUCUGGAUUUGAAACAAACAAUAUUGGUGAGCUGAAUGGUUCUGAUAAAGAAUUGAAAGAAGGGCCAAGAUCCUCACCAAGUCUCAUUAAGACAUCAGAUCAGCACCUGAAAAGACUGAAGAGAUCCAGCUCAGGACAGCUCAAACGGACAAGAGGAGAGGACAUUGAUGUUGAGACCCCAGGUUCUAUCCUGGUGAACACUAAUCUGCGAGCUUUAAUAAACAAGCACACGUUUGCCUCUCUACCACAUCAUUUUCAACAACAGCUCCUGAUUUUACUACCAGAAGUAGAUAGGCAGAUUGGUUGCGAUGGCGUUUCUCGCCUCAGUGCUUCAGCCCUGAAUAAUGAAUUCUUUGCUUAUGCGGCACAAGGUUGGAAGGAACGAUUAGCAGAAGGUGAAUUUACUCCUGAAAUGCAAUUACGUAUUCGACAAGAAAUUGAAAAGGAAAAGAAGGUUGAACAAUGGAAGGAAAAAUUCUUUGAACAAUAUUAUGGAGAAAAGUUGGGAAUAACACAAGAAGAAGCAAUGAAGCUGGAAUCAGUAAAACAUUCUUUAGAAAAUCAAGACAGCUCUUCAUUUUCACCACAAAGCAUCAUAUCAGAGCCUUGUCAGAUCACAUCUGAUAGUAAAUGUGAAAGUAAAGUAAAUCUUGUGCCUUAUUCAGAUCUACAUCAAACACAAUGCAUCAUACAGCAAACCCCAGCCAAAGAAUCAUCCAAAACUGCAAAAGAAGAGGAUAUGCUAAUAUCCUUGUGCUCAGAUAUUACCUCAGAUGAAUCUGUUAUUCAGGAAGAGAUAGCUGAAGAAGUUGAACCGACUAUUUGUGGAAGUCAUGAUGAAAGCAAACCUAUCCAGUCUAAUAUGUCUGAUAUUGAUCAGUCGUGUUUGCUUAGUCCUGACAAAACAGAACAAGUAGUGUUGACAGAUGAUUUGAAGUCUGAUCUAAGUACUCAAAGUAUCAAGGAGCUUGAGUUACAAUCUGAGCACACUAUAGAUCCACAGGCACCUUCCCUGGAGAUAUCUGGCAUUUCUUUCCAACUGCUUUCUUCUACUUCUACAUCCUCUCAGUUGUCUGAUUCCUUUGAUGCAUCUAAUAGUGACAUAUGUGAGCCAACGCCUAAUGCAAGUAAUGAAGAGAGUACCAUAGAACACACUUAUGCUGAGGAGCUCAAGGCCUUCACUGAUAAUCCCAAUUCUCCAGGAGGGAAUACACAGUGCACAUCCCAACAUCCCCUCACUUCUACAUGCUCUGAAGCCUCUAUAUUGUCUGAGCCUUCCGAAACUGAGAAUAUAGACUCUGAAAACCAUCUCAGGAUAUUGCAGGACAUCCCUCAGCCACCACCACGGACAUCAACACCUUCAGACUUUCCCACAUUAUCUUCUGAGGGAUUUAGAAAAGAUAAUAAAGACCUUGAGUUUCACAAGAGAAAACCACCGGAACAGCACAUUCUGGAGAUUUGUCAUGAGAAAAGACCUAGAAUUGAAAAUGACCAGACCAUUUCUACUCUGUCCAACAGAUCUCAAAGUGAAAAAGAAAUACCUUCUAAAGAAGAGCCAAAGGUUCCACCAAUCAAGAUUCACUUAUCAAGGAUUAAACUUCCUUUUGUUGUCCAGAGUCAGCCAUCCUACCAGAUAUGUCCAAAGUCAUCCUCCAGUAUGGCACUGGGUGGAGGAAGGAACACUGGUGCUAGGACCCUUGCGGAUAUCAAGGCCAGAGCACAGCAGGCUCGAGCUCAGAGAGAGGCGGCGGCAGCCGCUGCAGCUGGCCCAGUUGGAGAUGGAGGGAUCAGUGUCGCAGGAGCAACCGGAGGGCAGACCAGAACAUUGGCAGAUAUUAAAGCACAAACAAAAGCAAAGUUACUUGCCAAACAUCAGGCCAGAACGCAAUUACUGCAAUUAGAUGAGCAAACCUCUUGUAAGCAAGGCAGGGCCACAGCAGGAGGUGUACUGGAUGCCAAUGUUGUAAAGAGUGAAGAGGUUGUUAAAGCAGAUAACAUUACAUCAAGGUAUUGUACUGAAACUACCCCAGCACUCAAAAGUGAUGACAAUGUCAAUGCGUCAGAUUGUACCAUCAAAAGUGCUAUUCAUUACUCCUCUGAUAUUGCUACAGUGACAAACAUUCCUCACUCUACAGCAUCCAGCUGUGUAAAAAAUGCUACAAAGUUACACUGUACUGAUGAUAUUGCAGUACCAAGUUCUGUUGGUCUUGUUACGGUUGCCUCUACUGACAAUAUUAUUGCGCCCAGCUCCAAUGACAAGGAAAAACGUCCUCACAUUAUCAACAAAGAGAAUUGUGCUAACAGUGCUUCUGUGCCAAGGUAUGCUGAUAAAAGUGCAAUGCCAAGCACUGCUGAUGGGAUUUUCAUACCAAGCAGUGCCGCCAGCAGCACAAAGCUAAACUGCACUGAAAUUGAAACUGAAAUUACUGUAUCAAGUUCUAAUGGUUCUAGUAAUAAUAAAGAUUCACCAUCUUCUGAAGGCAGGGCUUCCAAAUUUCAGACUGUACUUAAUACAUCCGCACAAUGUUUGCCUGUCAAUGCUGUCCUGGCAAUGUAUUGCACCAGCGAUGUUUCUUCUGGCAAAAUUUCUUCUCCAAGCUGUGGUGAAGACAGCACAUCUCUAAGCAAUAAUGAAAAUGUAGUUGAAAGCAGUGAAGAUGCCUUUGAGAAUCCCUCUGUUGUUAACACCACAUUAUCCAGCUCCAUUGCCAGUACAGGCAUUUUGAAUUUCAACACAGCAAUUAUUUUGAACUCUGCCAGCAAUAUCCACAUGCCAACCAAUUUCAGUGUUACAGCCAAAUCAAAUUCAGCAGAUCACUCACUGGAUCUGGGAUCUGCAGCAAUAAAAAAGAUAGAAAUUGGUGCUCCAAGUGCCCAGCUGUUGAGCUCUUUGAAACCUGUUAUCAGUACAGAAGGGACCUCUAAGACUGACAUUGGUUACACUGUAAUUAAUUCACAUACAACAGAAACUUACAUGUCAAAUUUAGGUAUGGAUCCACAGACUGAAAUGGUUAAAACAGAAAAUGCCUUGAAUUCUCAUAUGCAAUCUCAGGAACUUGUUAGUAACUGCACUGAAACUGACCCUGAAAGUCAGUCAGUGAACAAUGGCAGAAACAAUGAUUCUACAGCGAUAACAGAACAAGAGAAUCACAGUGCACCACAAUCUGCUAAAGAUUCAAAAGUAUCUACACUUCUGCAUGGAACAACAAGCACUACUGGUCUACAAUUUGAGUUUAAUGAUCUUGAACAUCACUGUUUUUCAAUUAAAACCUCAACAGAUUUUGAAGAAGUGAUUGGUAAUAACCAGGAGCAAAAGAUCUCAAACCAAAGUAAAUCAAGCUAUCAUGCUGGUGAAAAUAUUCAGGAACUGGUGGGCUACAAUGGCAAAUGCCACAGCUUGGAUAAAUAUAAUGAAUAUGAUGAUGGUAUAGUGAAGAGUGACAAAUUAGAUACUUAUACCAAUCCUGAUGAAUCCACAGACACAAAACAAAGAAAUUUGGAAUCUGUUAACACUUUUGCUGAGGCAGAAGCUAACCAGUCUGGGGAAAAGGAAGAAAAUCUGUCCAAUAUGAAUGACUCUGAAACUAAUCAUGGGGAGCACCUGGAAGAAAUUGAAGCUACAGAAAUUGCCAUUCAUCCCAGAAUCAAUCCAUUAGUGGGCAACUUGCAAACAACAAGCUCUAAAAUAGCUUUUGGCACAAACCAAUCUCAGGCAUUUACAUUAUCAACUGUGGAAAACCAAGAAAAGGGUCCUGCUCCUGGAAGCACUAAUCGUCAUCUUUCAUCAGUCGAAGCCAAUAACCCUCUUGUGACACAGUUGCUGCAAGGUAACUUGCCUCUGGAGAAAGUGUUGCCUCAGCUACGGUCAGGCACCAGGCUUGAAAUUAAUAGGCUUCCUUUGCCCUCUCGAGGCUCUGGUGAAUCGAAAAUGACUGCAGCUGAAAGGGAUGUCACCAUUAACAUUCCUCACUCUCUUUCUCAGACCUCGAAGGGGCAGACUUGGGGAACAGUAUGGGAGAUUCAGUGCAACACUCGUGACAUGCAAGUAAGGAAGAGGCAGGCUAAGUCAAUAGAGGAACACUCACAAAGCAGGUUAAAGCAAGCAAAGCAGUUCACCUCAGUAGGAGUCGAAAUGUGGUCACAGACUCCAGUCAGUAUGGAUCGGGACCAGUCAGGGCAACGGCAAACAUUAUUUAAACAAGAAUGGAUAAACAAGACUUUCAUUCAGCACAAAGUCAUUAAAAGUCCAGAGUUUAAAGAGCACAAUAAGCCAUUGUCUGCAUGUGGUUUUGAGCAGAAUUUGUUGAUAAGCAGUGGCAACAGCAACAACUUGAUUAUCACAGCCCCUACCUCACAGAAACAGCACACUCAUCAAAAGUCUCUUACUUUGAGAGGAUUAACUGAACCAGAAACCUCAAUGCAAACUAUACCACCAGCCACUCUGGGCUAUGCCACCACAAAUGCAUUAACAUUCAACCGAUCCUUAGAGCAAAGCAGCCCAGCAUUUAACACUAUAGCACAAGAAGAUACAUCAGUGGACACAGAUUUGGAAAGCACAGACGCCGUUUUCUCAAGCAGUCUUAAAAUUAAGCAAACUGAUUUCAGUUGCAGAGCAACACAGACUGUCCAGAAUAAUGCUGUGAAGCAUCCUUCUUCAUUUAGUGAAUGUGAAGCACCAUCUGAUCAAAAUAGAGGAUUAGUUACUAUGGAAACCAAUAAAAGACUGAGUUUACAUGCUACAACUGAUAAUGCGAGUGGUAUUAAAAUAGAGCAGUUCUCUGUUGAUGAUGCCUUAAGCAAAAGCUGUGCAGUGGAUGUCAAAGAUAUUUCAAAUGAUCAUUAUGAAACUAAAGAACACAUAAAGGUUUUUGGACCAACAAUGGAUGUCUUUUUAGGUAAAUUAGUAAAUGAACCUGAUUUUUCUUCUCAUCUGCCCACCGAGUCUAUUAAGCCAGCCUCACAUCUUGCCACUCAGAAACUUAUCCAGCAGCAGCAACUCUAUGGAAAUUAUUCCACAUUACGUUUCAGUGGCACUAAUUUGAAGCAAGCUGCUUCUGUUAUUGAACAGUCCAUUGGAAGUUUUCUGGGAAGUAGUGGAAAUGACACCAUUACUUUAUCUAACCAGAACACUUCAAUUCUAGCUCAUAAGUUUUCUAACAACAGUGGUGCAGAAUUAGAAUUGAAGUGCUCUUGCAGACUUAAAGCCAUGAUUAUGUGUAAAGGAUGUGGAGCCUUCUGUCAUGAUGACUGUAUAGGGCCUUCAAAGUUGUGUGUAGCUUGCUUGGUAGUAAGAUAGAGAACGGUGCCUGACCAAAAACAUUUUUUCCACAACGCAUAGUACAGUAAUAGGAAGAUUUUGUUAAUAAUUGAUCCUGCAAAAGAAUCUCAAUGGAUGUUUUGUUAACCCUUUGAGAGCUGUACCAUUGCACUACACCAGAAUUCAAGAUUACAACAUGUA